AUGGUACCCAAAAUGGUACAAGCAGCUCAAACACGCCUAAAGCGAGUUGGUGCGGCCCGGGGUAUCAAUUUCAAGUUCAGAGUGUACAUGGGUAGCUCAAGGUUUGCGCAUGCACUCUUGCACAUUACGGGGGAGGAGAAGGGCAGGGGGGGAUGUCAGAUACAGAGUAAACUUUCCGAAGUGCUGCUCCAGUGUUAA